AUGCGAGAUGUUGAUUGGAAUGACAAAUCUAACAAUUCUGCUCGCAGAUCUAAUGACUCGAGCUGGAUUAAUUUCCCUGUCAUUCUAGAGGGUCCUUAUAUUUCUGGUAAAUCUGAGGAUGGUUAUGAUAUUCCUCUUCCUGAAAAGUUUUCUUCUUACCAACCUUGGAAGUCUGUACUUUCCGAAGCUGAGACAAAGAAAGUGACUGCUAAGAGGGCCAAAACUUCACACAAUGCAUCAGCUUCGCAGAAUAAUAAAGUGAAAUCUUUGGGUGAUAAGACUUCAAGUAAAGGUAAGUAUAUUCCUAAAAGGCCUACAUCUAAAUCUUCAUCAAAAACGACAUCUACAAUGGAUGAUCUCUCUAGGAAGCGUAAAAGAUACGAUUCCUCUUCAAGUUCGGAGUCUAGUGAGGAUGACAUCCCUGCUUCUGAGGAUUCAUCAGUUCCCUCUUCUUUGAGAGAGUUGUCCAAUCCUUUUGUUGGAGAUCUUUUGACUGCUGUUGAUAAUGAAGAAUUAAAUCGUGCCUUUGGGAUGGUCUCUAAAAUAUGUGACGCUCCUACUUUAGAUGAUCCAUCUCUUCGUGGAGCUGCCUCUGCGAUAAAUCCGAACCUCCAAUUCACAAUCGGUUCUUUGGGAGCCCGUUUAUCUUAUGUAAUCUCCUCGGACUACCAAAAGAGACUUACUAAACUUGAGAUAGAAAAUGCCAAGCUUAAAGAUGAGAAUUCAACCAAUUCUGAUUUGAUUCGCAGAGCCCGAGAAAGAAAUGAUGAACUCAUUGACCUGUAUAACCUUUCGGAUGAGGCUGCCAAUCUUCCUGAUGGUGAAACCCUUUUAGAACACCUUAAUUCUUCUUUAAAUAACUAUCCCAACCAAGGAUUUGAAAAUCUGAAUUUGAAAGAAUUAAGAUUGAAAUAUGCUGCUCUUAGAAAAAGCCAUAGAUCUUUAUUGAAUACAUUUAAUAACUUUAAACGUCGUCUUCAUGAGAGCCAAGAACAAAUUCAAGUUUUGGAAACAAAAAAGAAUAAGCUUAUUGAUGAGAAAGAUGAUAUAGCUCUUAAGGGUGCGAAAUCACUAGAAAAAUUCCAAGAAUCCAUUGUUGAGGUUCAAAAAGAACGUGAUUUAGCUAAGAACUUCAUCAUCAUGGUUUCAAACAAUAACAAUGAUGCUAAUCGUGCUCGCGAAGCUGCUGUGAAGAAAGUCUGCGUUGAGAAUAACAUCCCUCUUACAAAGUAUAAAUUUCCAGAAAUCCCUGAUAAUGAACAUAUUUAUGAUAUUUCAGACAGUGAAGGAGAAGAUGAAGAAUCUGAAGAAGAAAUAAGUGGUUUUGAGGCUGAGCGAGAUGAAGAUUAA